GUAUUCAAAUUAAAACCCGCUAAUAACUGUAUUCGUUUCUUCGUUUUUCUUCUGCUGCAGUUUCUCUCUACUCACCUCAGAACUCACAGUAGAGCCUGAAGCUUUAUUUCACAAACCCAAAAUCUAGGGUUAGGGUUUUCGUUUUCGUGCCAUGGAAGCCGCAGUCGUCGACCCCGGUUCCAGCCUUCUCAAAGCUGGUUUUGCAAUUCCCGAUCAAACUCCGGCCAUGAUAAUUCCCACUCAGAUGAAGCGAAUGCUCGAUGAUGGGUCAGUGACCGAUAACCCAACAGUCGACGACGUUUCCGUCGAUCCGGUUUACCGAGGUUAUGUCAGAGAUUGGGAUGCCAUGGAAGAUUUACUGCAUUAUGUAUUGUAUACUGGCCUUGGAUGGGAAAUUGGCAAUGAAGGGCAGAUACUCUUCACGGAUCCACUUUGUACUCCAAAGGCUAACAAGGAACAGUUAGUGCAACUAAUGUUUGAAACAUUCAACAUAUCAGGGUUUUAUGCUUCUGAACAAGCAGUGCUGUCACUAUAUGCUGUAGGACGUAUCUCUGGAUGCACAGUUGACAUUGGUCAUGGAAAAAUAGAUAUUGCACCAGUGAUUGAGGGUGCUGUUAACCACAUUGCCUCUAGAAGAUUUGAGUUUGGAGGUAUCGAUCUAACUAAUUUCCUUGCUCAAGAACUUUGCAAAUCCAAUCCACGAGUGAAUCUCAACAUCUCUGAAGUUGAGAAAAUAAAACAGCUAUACUCAUGUUGUGCUGAAGAUGAAUUAGCUUAUCAGCAGACUCAAGAUUCUUGCCCUGUGGAGACACAUACCCUUCCUGACGGACAGGUCAUUAAAAUUGGAAGAGAAAGGUAUACCAUUGGGGAAGCUUUGUUUCAGCCAUGUCUAUUAGGUUUAGAGGCUCAUGGCAUUGUUGACCAGCUCGUCCGUACUAUUUCAAAUGUGUCAUCUGAUAAUCAUCGCCAACUUCUUGAAAAUACCGUGGUUUGUGGUGGCACUUCUUCUAUGACCGGUUUUGAGGAAAGAUUUCAGAAGGAAUCUAGCCUAAGUUCAUCUGCUAUUCGACCUACCCUAGUAAAGCCUCCAGAAUACAUGCCAGAAAAUUUAACCGUGUACUCUGCAUGGGUGGGAGGUGCCAUACUUGCCAAAGUAGUUUUUCCUCAAAAUCAGCAUGUAACUAAGGCAGACUAUGAUGAAACUGGGCCUUCCAUUGUUCACAGGAAAUGCUUUUGAUGGGAUUCAAUUGCACAAUAUUCGCAAACAGCCAGUUCCUUUACACUUAUAUUAGCACAUUUGGAUAGGCCCCCAAUUGACUCUAGAUAAUUCUAGACUUGCAAGAUGUCUAGGUGGUCGCCUGAUUUUAAAAAUUGUAGUGGAUAUUCAUUAAGUAAAUGCAAUCAUAUUUCCAUGUUUAGGUGUAUUGGCACCACGGGUAGAUGACUUGAGUAAAACCUUGCUCUGCCAAAAUUAUGUAUAUUGCAGUAGUAGCUGCAUGCAUAUUGUUGAAAUGUAAUGUUUUAUUUCUAUUAUUAUUUAUGUAUUUGAACCCAACUUUAGGGUUAGGGUUUAAUGCAGUGCCUUGACCUUUUGUAUUA